AUGACAGAUAUGCGCUUCGAGAGCGCGAUCGGUAAUAACCAAAUUAAAUAUUUGGAAAGUUUAUAUAACGACAUCAAAAAUGCGUACGCGAAUGAUUUUUCAAAAUACUACAAUGCUGAAAUUGAAGAUGCCUAUGAGAAGGUAGUAGCGGAAUAUUUUGAAAAUCUGGGGCAUUUGGAAAGAUGUUUAGUGAAAGAAGAGCCAAAAAUAAAUUAUCGCCCCAAUUUGGAAUUGGAAAAAUUAAAAAUUCCAAUAUUUUAUGGCGAGAUAAAAGAAUGGGCUAAUUUCCACAAUGUGUUCCAGGAUAUGGUUCACAAAAAUGAGCAAUUAUCAAGCUCAGAAAAAAUGUUACGCCUUCGCCUUUGUUUGAAUGGUGAAGCUGCAAGGUUAAUACAACAUCUGCAAAUAUCAACCGAAAAUUAUGAAGCAGCGUGGAGUCUGCUUAAACAAAGAUACGAUAAUAAACGUAUUUUAUUCACAACACAGUGGGACAGGAUAAUGGAUCAACCGCCGAUAAAUAGUGACAAUGCUGACAGCGUAAGGCAAUUGCUCGAUACUACAAAUGAGUGCCUUAACGCAAUACAGUCACUAGGAAUACAAAUUGAAAACGCAGACCCAUUUAUUGCUCGAGUCAUAGUUCGCAAGUUAGACAAAGAUGGACUCAAAUUAUAUGAGCAAACGGUUAAAAAGACUAGAGAGGUGCAGACAUUAUUUGAUAUUAGAGAUUUUCUGGAUCAACACUUCCAGACAUUGAAAGCUGUAGCCGAAAAGGAGCAAGGCUACAAAAUCCGAAAGCAGCUCAUAUUUAAAGCGAAUCACACGUCGACCAACACGAGGAGACAAUUUAGGCAGUGCACUUACUGCAAAAUACCGAAUCAUAUUAUAAUCGAAUGCAGAAGUUUCAAGGGCAUAUCAACGGAUGAAAGACAUAAAUAUGCCAAAGACAAUAAAAUCUGCUACAGGUGCCUGCUUCACAAAUUAGGAGAAACUUGUACCAGCAAUAUGAAGUGUAAAAUAUGCAACAUCAGCAGUCAUCAUGAGCUCCUGCACUUCGAUAACGUUCAAAAGAAAUCGGCAAUGUCCACAAAAGCAGGUCUAAGAACGGUAAUUCUGGCCACAGCCCAAGUGAGAGCAAAAGCUGCGAAUGGUGAGCACAUAUUAUUAAGGGCUCUUAUUGAUCAAGGGUCACAAAUAACAUCAAUUUCCGAAGAGGCAGCACAGAUAUUAGGUGUACCAAAGAAAAAAGUGAUGACAAAGCUUCAUGGCCUAGGAGAUGUUGUGGUUGGUGAAUCGAAAUUUAAAAUUAAAGUGCAAAUUACACCACGUUUUCUAAGCCAGCACGUCGAAGAAGUGGAUGCCAUAGUUUUAUCAACCCUUACAACUGCGCAACCUGAUCAAUCCUUCAGGUUCAACUUUAAAAAAUGGGAAAACUACACUCUUGCUGACCCAUUAUUUAACAAAGCUGAUAGAAUUGACAUGGUGAUUGGUGGUGAUAUAUUCGGCAGAAUAAUAGACAGAGGCAUAAAAAAGCACAAUAGAGUUCUUGCACAAGCUACCAAAUUCGGUUGGAUUUUGUCUGGAAUAAUUAAACAUAAGAAACCAGGCAAAGUCACAUCGGCAGUAACCAACCUUGAGAGAUUUUGGGAGCUAGAGGAAGAACAAGAUGAAGAAGCUAAAGUGGAAGACGAAAUGUGUUUGAAAAAGUUCGAGGAAACCACUAAACAAGAUGCAGAUGGGCGAUUCAUUGUGGAAAUUCCAUUUAAAGACGACAUGGAGCUGGGUGACUCUCGUAAACAGGCAAUUGCUCGGCUGCUAUCCAUGGAAGCCAAGUUCAAAUAG